AUGCACUACAUCCGUCUGUUGCGGCCACCAUCUCUGGUGGAAGGGAAGCAGACGGUGCUGAGUUUCGUGCUGACCAUCACGACCGACUUGGGCGACUCGUUCUACAGUCCCGAUGGACCUCGUGGCAUUUCGGUCAGGCUGGAGACCGAGACGCGCUUGAACGAGCCGGCAGUGGCAGCAAGCAGCGAUGGAAGUAGUCCGUCGGACUCGGCUACGAACCAGUACAGUGAUGUCAUGCCUCCCAGCCGCAAGAGAAAGAGGGCCGGCAGCGAAGAGCUGAGCGGGAGCGGAGAGGCGGUCGAGACGACGGCUGCACGCACCGAGGAGCAUUUCUUUCAGAUCGACUGUCCUGCAAAGCAAGCUAGCAGCGGCAAGACGCAGUCGCUGGCCUGGAGCUCCGGGACGCGGGUGCUGAAGAUGGGUCUGGUGGUGCCGCAGGAGGCCGUGGCGCGGCUGCGGGAUCCGCUGGUGGUGCGGAGGCGGAUCUGCUUCAGCAUGCUGGACCGCCGAUUGUCCAUCGUGUCGGCCACGGACGUGAUCACGACAGGCUCGUACUCGGUCGUGCCUCUGUGGGUGGACGUGCCGGCGACGGACAGUGAGGCGUUUCGCCAUGUGGCCGUGCGGAGGCUCUGCAUCGGACACGAUGACAGACAGCCAGAGAAGAGGCCGAUCUGGGUCGAAGAGGAAGAGGAAGUUGGCGAGAGCAUUGCGCGGCACAUCUGGGAUGCCGGCCUGGCCACGGUGGCCUUUGUGGCCGACACGUGCAUGGGAAGCAGCCGGGGCCGGACAGAGGAGGAACAAGACGGUCUGGCCGGGUACCUGCGCCGUCUGCUGGCGACCAAGCCAGGCCGCCUACAUGUUCUCGAGCUGGGGAGUGGCGUCGGCAUUCUGGGCAUCGGGCUGGCGACGAUUCUGGGACAUGUGCGCCGGGGCGGACCAGACGAACAGGACGAACAGGACGGCAUUUCCGUUCUCCUGACAGACCUGCCCGAGGCAGAAGAGCGGGCGACGGCCAACAUGCAACGAGCAACGGUGCCGGCACAGGUUCGACUGGACUACGAAAAUCUCGACUGGGACGAGGGCUGCCAGGGCCGGUUCGGCGCCAAGGUGGCUGGCGGGCGGCCGUGGGACCUGGUGGUGCUGAGCGACUGCACGUACAACGUGGACAUGCUGCCGGCGCUGGUGCAGACGCUGUCGGCACUGCAAGCGGCGGCAUCUACAGGCGUGCGCGUGCUGCUGGCGCGAAAGCCGCGGCACGCGGACGAGGAGGCGUUGUUUGGCCUGCUGGCGGGCGAGGGCUGGCAGCUGAGUGCGAGCAGCACGAUGGCGCUGCCAGGAGGGAAGGAAGAGCUGGAGCUGUACUUGUAUGGGAGGUGA